UGGUAAAACCUUUUCCUCGCUAUUUAUUUCCUCUCUCCCUCACUCUCCCUCCUCGUCGCUCGUUCCGUUCCGCGCGUGCAUUUUUCUCCUCGUAUAUUCCCGUCCCAAUCUCCAACUGCUUCCUCAAAUCCCGCCCCGCCCCGCCCCGACAUAAAUCCGGGCCCCUAAUCCCGAUCCCGCCGCCAAAAUCCAAUCCUGCGCCGUCCUCUCCUCUCAAUUCGUGUGUCGCUGGGCCGGUUCGGGCGCGGGGAUCGAGUCUCCCGUGGUGCUCUUGCAGCCGAGCUGGGAUUCUCGGGGGCAAUUGGGUUGGAGUUUGGAUUUCCGCUCGGAGGUUGGUGGUGGUGUGGUCGCCGGGAGCCUUUGACUUUUUUUUUUGCCGGAGUACGGAGGAGCAGGGGGCCUGUUUGACCUCCGGUGCGGUGAUGGUGGCGCGGAUGAUGCGGUGGCCUCGGCCGCCGCCGGCGCGGAAUAUCCGCGUCCGCCUGGUGGUGCGGCGGGCGGAGGGCCUGCCCCCGCCUCCUGCGCCCCUCUCGCCUGACGGGUCCCCCGGCCCCGAGGCCGAGGCGAAGGCGUUUGUGGAGGUGAGCUGGAAGGGCCCGAAGAUGUCGCCGCUCUCCUCGCUGCGGCGCGCGCAGCGGCCUCCCAGGAACCAGACGCGGAAGGAGGCGCUGCCGGCCGUCGCCGCGGCCGCUCUCGAGGAUGGCGCCGCCGCCGCCCCUGCUCUAGCGGUGUCGGCGGUGGCCUGGGACGAGGAGUUCGAGAGGGAUGCGGCGCUCACGGCGACGUCGCACCGUGAGCCCGCUGCGUUCCACCCCUGGGACGUCACCUUCUCCGUUGUCAGCGAAUCAAAUAAAAUAUCAAAGAGCAAACUUGUUUUGGGGACCGCUUCACUGAACCUAGCAGAUUAUGCAUCUGCUGCUGAAGAGGAAAUCGAGAUAAUCCUACCAUUGUCUGUGCCUAGUAGUGCAACAGACCUGGUCCCAUCACUCCAUCUUACUUUAAGCCUGGCGGAAGUAAGAACAUCUCAACAAUCACCUGGCGCUUCACAACGUUCUGUUAUUGCCCCAUUGUCACCUUCCUCUGGUGACUCUCUUGCUUCUGGAAAAGAUGAGGUUUCUGUCAUUAAGGUGGGUCUGAGAAAUCUGAAAAUGCUAAGAGAUCUAGUGUCUACACGGAGGUUCAAAAAGACUAACCAAGACUUUGACGGCAGUGAGAAGUAUUAUGUCCACAGCGAUGGUGCAGAAUUUUCUUGUGAUACUGACUCUCUUGACGAUGAUCUGGAUGAUAGAGAGCAUGACGAUGAGUUUGGGGGUUCAGCCGUUAGGAAGUCCUUCAGCUACGGCUCACUGCAGACUAUGAAUGUUGGUGCCCUACUUUAUGCGCCUAGGAUUGAUGGAGACGAUGAGGGUUGGGUACAUUACAGUCACCGCAACUCUGAUGUUGGUUAUCAUGUUGAGCAAGUGCCACCCCCCACAGCUGAGGAGCAUGCUUCCAUCCCUUUGCGGCGGAAGAGGAGCAUACUUCCAGCUCGGUGGAGAAAGGUAAAAUUACCAAAGGCUAAAGGGGAGCCUCUGUUGAAGCCGUAUGGAGAGGAGGGUGGUGAUGAUAUUGACUACGAUCGGCGGCUGUUGACCCCUUCUGAUGGAUCUGUUUCAGAGGGAUCAAAUGGUUCUAACAGUAUGGUGUCGGUAUUUGGUGAUGACGAUUUUGUUGUGGGGAACUGGGAGUCGAAGGAAGUAUUUAGCCGAGAUGGCCACUUGAAGCUUUCUACACAGGUGUUCUUUGCAUCGAUAGACCAGAGAAGCGAACGGGCUGCAGGGGAGAGUGCAUGCACAGCACUUGUGGCUGUUGUUGCAGACUGGUUCCAAACAAACCAGGACCUGAUGCCAAUCAGGUCACAGUUUGACAACCUGAUCCGAGAAGGAUCUCUGGAAUGGAGGAGACUCUGUGAGAACGAGACCUACAGAGAGCGCUUUCCUGAUAAGCACUUUGAUCUUGAAACUGUCCUUCAUGCAAAGAUCCGUCCACUCACAGUUGCUCACAGUAAGUCAUUCAUUGGGUUUUUCCAUCCUCAAGGCACUGAGGAUGUAACUGGAUUCGACUUCCUCGACGGUGCAAUGUCAUUCGAUAACAUCUGGGACGAGAUAAGCCGAGCAGCGGAGUGCUCCUCCGGAAAGCCUGCCCUCUACAUUGUCAGUUGGAACGACCACUUCUUUGUCCUCAAGGUUGACGCCAAUGCUAUUUACAUCAUUGACACGCUCGGUGAGAGGCUGUCUGAAGGCUGCAACCAGGCAUACAUCUUGAAGUUUGAUGACACCACCACCAUCCACAAAACACCUGCUGAAAAGAAGGAACCAAGUCCUGAUCACCGUGGACGCCGCAAGGAUUCCUCAGAGACCUGCUCAACCGAGCAGGGCAGCGGAUCGGACACUGAAGAGUGCGAGCCUGUGUUGAAGGGCAAGGAUGCAUGCAAGGAGUACAUCAAGAGCUUCUUGGCCGCCAUCCCGAUCCGGGAGCUGCAGGCUGACAUCAAGAAAGGUCUCAUGGCAUCAACGCCCCUGCACCACCGCCUCCAGAUCGAGUUCCACUACACGGAACCCCGCCCCGCCGAGAUCGCGGCGCCUUCUCCACUGCCCCCAUUCGAAGCCCCCUUCGAGUUCUGCUGGCCCGAGCCACCGUCACCGCCAGCUGCCACUGAAUCCACCGUGACCCAUCCACCUGCCAUGGAGGCCGGCAUAACCCAGGCUGUCGCCGUUGUAUAGCCGGUCCUGGCUGCUGCUGCGGCCUAGCCUAGGGCAACGGUUGCUUAGUUUAACAUAUAGAGGGCGGCGCUUCUUUUAGCGAGCGAAUUGUGAGGUCGAGACCAGAUCGAAGAUUUGGCUGGCUUCGGCCCUGGUCUGCUCCUUUUGCUGUCUAAUUAAGAUGAACUGACUAGUAUAGCUUGACUGUCUUUUGGUCUCAGCUUUCAUCAUCUUGUAAAGAAAGAAAGGAUGAUUGCUCCUGCACAUCUUUACCUGUGAAGCGAGUUCGCUGGAAUUGUAAUCCUUUGCUACAUUAUCUUUAUGUGAAUCAUGACCUCGUCUUUUUUGGUAA